AUGGCACCAAGUACCACUGGUCCACAGAUUUUUGACGACGCCAACCGUUCUCCCACCAGAUCGUCCGUCUUCCGGACCAUGUUGUCCAAGCCUCACAAGAGGAACCAGUCUGCGGACGACGCCCUGCCCCCACCCUUCCAUUUGAGCAACCCCGUGGGCACCGCACCCUUCCCUUUUGCCGAGGGCCCUGCUCCGGCCCCAGGCCAUCUUCCGCUGGCUGAGAUCGUCCCGAAUCGCGAUGCCGGGGAGAACAACGUGCCUACUCCCAAGAACGGAAACAAGAACGGCAAGAUUGUGCAUAAGAAAACCAAAAGUGCAGUCUCUCUCAAAUCAUUGAGAAAUUACAUGGAGCGAAAGUCGGAGGAAACACCCCAGGAAGACCUGGACGAGAAGUCUCCAAAGAAGACCAAGUCAUCUACCAGUCUUUCUGCCCUUUUAAAGCGGUCCCAGCGGGGACGCAAAGGCGAUAACUCCAAGCAGAGCCGCGACAAGGAAAAUCGAAGCCCGACAGACCUCGUCGAUAGCAUGCCACCCCCAUCACCGGUCUGGGCAGCAACCCCGGCCUACCCCGAAUCGGUCACGCGAUCGCGACACAAUUCGACUGCAGACAGACGGCGUAGUGUCGCCGAGGAGGUGUCCCUCUACACCCCCAAGGGAUACAGUCCAGCCCAACAGCGGAACUUCUACGAUUACCAGCAGCAGCCGCCAUCACUUACCAGACCAGGCGAGCCCAAGGCUCGACCAAAGUCCGACAUCCUUACCGGGGGCAGAAAGAUGAAGGAUUAUCUGGGGCCUGCGCAACGUACACCCUCGGGAGACAGUGAUGGCACUCGAAAUGAUAGUGCAUCAAAUAAGACGCGGACAGCUGACAGGUCUCGAAAGACGUCUGCUCCCGAUUCAUCUACGACAUCUCCGGUUAAAGAAGAGCAGGCCCCCAAGAGACUGUCUCGGGUGCAGGCUGCAAUCUCGGCUUUCAACGCAAAGGAUCGGGAUGCAGAUGUGCAGAAACACCUGAACUCGAAGGAUCUGGAGAGCGAGUUCGAGAAGUUGCUAGAUGCGAGGAACAUUCCCCAUAACAUGAGAGACAAGAUGCGGUCCCUUGAUACCAACAUCAAAGCCGACUUCAUCCAGAAGGACCGGACAGAAAACGGCACGCCUCACAGUGCUGGAACUUCGGAGAGCCGUCGGGGACGUGGCAAGGAAUCCAAGGAUGACCGUCGACCUGAUGACCGCAAGGGCUCACGCUCGCGCUCUCGAAGCCGGGGUUUCACAUUCGGUAGAGGCUCAUCGUCUCCUAGUAAGAAGGCACGACCAGAAAGCGGAACAUUUAACCGCCCACGCUCGGUCGAUCUGUCACAGCCUGUUGGCGUUUAUACAGCCCUCAGCGCAGUGGGCUCAACUGCAUCUCUGCAUGAAGCGGCGGUUGUUGACACCGCUGCUGAUCCAUCUGACUUUGUGCAUUACUUGAGAGAGAUCCAGAAACCGGAAAUGAUCGAAGUAGGAAAGAUCCACAAGCUUCGUCUCCUACUUCGGAACGAAACUGUGGCCUGGGUUGAUGGCUUCAUCGCCGAAGGUGGCAUGGACGAGAUCGUCCAGCUCAUCUAUCGUAUUAUGAAAAUGGAAUGGAGAGAGGACCACGAAGACACACUUCUUCACGAAGCUUUGCUUUGCCUCAAGGGACUUUGCACCACAUCUGCAGCUCUUGCCCAUCUGACUGCGAUCGAGGCAGACCUCUUCCCUGCGUUACUGAAGAUGCUGUUUGAUGAGGAAAAGAAGGGCCCAAGCGAGUUCACGACUCGGAGCAUCAUUAUGAACCUGAUGUUCACACAGGUGUGCCCAGUGAGCCCUGAUGAAAUACCAGGCAAGCGUGCGGAGCGAAUCCUAUCAUACCUGCGUGACCCAUCCCCUGAGGAGGAAAAUCAGCCGGUCUCUUUCAUCGCCAAUAUAUACCAGUCUCGGCCUUACCGCAUCUGGGCCAAGGAAGUCUCCAAUGUUACUAAGGAAGUUUUUUGGAUCUUUCUCCACCAUCUGAAUGUGAUCCCACUCCCCAAGCCCAAUCUCAAGUCCGAUGAUCCCUUCGUCGAGAAGCGCCCGGCGGAUGCCCGUUCUUACUACCUGCGACACUUCCCUCCUCCUCGUCCCCCGGUCCCCGCCGCUCCAUACGUCGGCGGAGUCGAAUGGGAUGCAACCAACUACCUCGCCUCGCAUCUAGAUCUUUUGAACGCGAUCAUCUCAUCUUUGCCAACGGAGGAAGCACGAAACCAGCUCCGAUCUGAACUUCGCGCUUCCGGCUUCGAGAAGGUCAUGGGAGGCAGUCUCCGCACUUGCAAGGAGAAGUUCUACUCCGCCGUCCACGACGGUCUUCGCACAUGGGUAGCUGCCGCGGCCGAAGAUGGCUGGGCCUACACUUCUGUCCGUGAGGGUCCUCGCGCCGGAGACCCAGGCUCGCCUUCCAAAUCUCCCAAGAAGAUUCCUGGCAGCCCCAAGAAGGGCUUGCUCGACGAAAAGCCACCUCAGCUACACCUUGCCCUUGAUGUCCCUCUUCCUGGUCCGAUUUCCGUUCCUGGAACCCCGUCCAGCGACAUGCCACGCUGGCUUUAA